UUUUUUUAGUCAUAAUUGAAUUUCUAAAGAUAAUGGUUAACGGUGAAGUCAAGGAGAUAGCGGUAUUUUUUAGAAAGAUAUUUGGAAUGCCGUCUGGUGAUGCAUUGUUAACAUUGUCAAGAUUGGAAAGGAUGUUAAAGAUUUCUUGUGGAAUUAUGUCAAUAAAUGAUAGGGAAUGGGCUUGAGAAAUAUUGAUAUCGUCAUUGGAAAAUAUUGUAGAAUUAAAGACCGAUUGGAACUGUUUAGCCAGUU